GCUAUCGGUACCGCUGUCCCGCUUCCGCUUCCGCUCCCGGCUACCGCUGCUGCCGCUGCUCUGCUCGCCCCGACUGCGCUGCCAGGGAAGUUCUGCUGCGUGGAGGAUGAUGAUGUCGUACUAUCGAGCUCCUGUGCAAGUUCAAGGCCACGCCCCCUACUUACGCUGCUCCCCAUCGCGCCCGCCACGCACUGCCAUCAAGUAGCGACUCAGCCGAGGCGGUGUCAUACUAAUUUGCACCGUUCGACAGGUGAAAAGCCCACACGGAAUCAACAGUCGUCAGUUGCGGCCGAAGAACCAGGCGAAACUGACGCUGAGCACCAACAGGCGGCCCACUAAAAACAUAAAGCUAAACUGAACACUGAACACUGAACACUGAACACUGAACCCAAAACACACUAAACACUAAACACAACCAAAGUUGACCGCAGCCCAAUUAGUGUCAUCUUCUCGGAAGGAUUAAUGCCCAGCUGCGAGUGUUCGCGGCAACCGCACAGAUAUGCAUUUUGCGGUAGUGUGACCAAGUCACGCACGAAAUUAGAAAUUGCGGUGGGCACACUGCUUGCAUUAAAGUCACUUCACCACGUCACGUCAAUAUCAAUAGAAAUUUGAACAUCUGCACAUGAUUGGUUUGUAUUUUGUUAUAUUUCCCACGCUCGUUAAUUAUUUGAUUAUAAUUAUAAUGGUGUGUUUGGUCCUCUGUUUUAUUAUUUUUCCAGAGCAUUCCCACAUUGAGGAGCGGUCUCUACUCGACUAACGACUAACACUCAACACAUUCCAUUUGGUUUGCCUGCCAGUCGUUUUGCUUUCCUCGUGCAUUUAUGCUUCCCAUGAAUAUUUGAGCUUUGAGCUUUGGCCUUGGCUUCAACCGAUUCAACCCACCACAAGAGCACAGGAGCACAAGAGUUCACCAAGUGCGUCACAAGCGCGAAAAGCAGAGCGACGAAAUCGAACGACAAAAUCGACGAAGUACACAUCCGAAAGCGAAGAGAUGCUGAGUGAGCGCGGGAAACGGGACGGCAACAGGCGGAACGGAACGAAAUGGAAUGAAACGAAACACCCCACACACACACGCACACACACAUACGCACACGCAUUGCAAUGCGCAACAAUUUGGCAUUGGAGAAAAUUCCGAAAAGCUUUUGGAAAAGCUAAAACAAGGAACGGGAAAAUGAAUGUUACUUUUUUUUUAGUUUUCGAGCAAAACAAUAAUAAGAAAAGUAUCUAUUGGUAUUCGGCGCCGAUAGUUUCAAUAUCACAUCUCUGGUGAGCAUUUAUCGAAUACGAAUAUCGAUGGACAAUCAAUAUCGCUCAACUACAAUAACUGAAAAUGCAAUCACCAAGUUUUUACCACAAAGCAUUUAAAUGCAAUUGUGAAAUUGAUACAUAUAUAAGGGGUCUUCCGCCCGAAAAGGUGACACUAGUAGCACCACCGGUAAAUUGAGAAGUAAAACCGCAAGAGCCAUGUCCACCUUUGGAGCUGAAGUCGAUCAGGUUUGGCCAGCGGUCACCGGGGAUUCCCCGCCUCUGACUGAUUUUGGACGCAAAUUGUUGAAGGAUUGCCGGCAGGUGAAGAAACCCGUCGGUGGAGACAAUGAUUUGGGCGAUGUGAUGAAGAAGUCCGAUGACUUUCCGCUGGAGUUCGGCGUGAACAGUGUCAAAGUAUGCCGGCAAUCUCCCUUGCGGAUCAGCCGGAUGAAUCAGGAGGUGGCGUCCGUCUAUCCAGUAAUACACGAACGGACACUAAGCCUCUACCUGCAGUACUUGGAGCACAAGUGUCAAUGGGGCAACGUGGUGGAGAAGCCCAUCUACCGGAAGUUAUCGCUCUGCGGAUUUGUGCAUCGUCUGCUGGAGAAGCGCUGCGCGAGCUUCUUUGCACGGAACGACAAGUUCCUGCUGCUGAGCGGAGAGACCGGGGCCAGUGGCUUCGAAGCUGUGGGUACUCGGAAUGAGAAGGCGCCCCUGGUGCUGGCCGACGUGCUCAGCUACGACGAUAUCAAGCUCUCCGCUCUGCUUUCCGUGAGCUCCCACACGGAGUUUGUGAACGAGGGCGAGCGCACUAACUGCGGUCGCGUUGAUCUGGACACCAAAACACUGGAGCAAACCGGGGUUAUAGUGGGCAUGAUUGGAGCUCGUCUGUCGCGGCGUAAUCUAAUGGAGUUUCAGGACAUUGUCAUCGCUCGUGAGCAGAAUACGCGUGAGCAGGGAUACGGAAUGGCGUUAAAUGAGCCGGCUAAAUCGCGGGAAGAGGACUACCGACGAUUGUGGCGGGAGUUCUAUGCCACGCGGGAUCUCAUCCACGGCCAGGCAGUGAUCGACAAUCAGCGCUUUGGACCGUCAAGGAACAAGCAGGACGUCUUCGACAAUCUGGUGAUGAAGCGGCGCUACGCCAUCAGCUUCGACAUGCUGCUGCUGGAGGCACAGGCGAGGGCUGAACGCGUCAAAAAGCUGGCCUACAUCCAUGUGGUGGGCUUCGGUUUGGGCGUGUGGAAGGCAGCAGCGCAGCAGGAGCGCAUCUUCAUGGAGACCUUCCAGCAGCGCAUGCGUACGCUGGGCAACAGACUCAAUCACGUGGGCCUCGUGCACUUCUCCUGGUUUUCGAUCACCGACUGCGGCGGUCUACGCAACGGAUCGCUGGUAGAGAUUCCCGGCCAUCCUAAGGACGGCAUCAGGGUUCUCAUAUCCAAGCGCAAUCCAGCACGAAAGCUGAGUGAUCCCGAGCACGCCGGAAUGCUGCUAGUGGUCUCCUACGCUUGGGAUGGAAACGCCCUGCCGGGUAACGAAUUCUGGAUGAAAAUGCUUAAGUCCACAGGGGACUCGUCGACGGCCUGCUCCACGUUGGUGGCCGAGCUGCACAAUCCGCACAUCAACACGAAAUUCUGUAGUGGAAGCAAUCUGCACAUUGCCUCCCCGGAGCACGGGGUGCUCCACAUAGCCGAAUAUGCCAAGCGGGUGAUACGCUGCGAGAGUGACGGCUGAUGAGAUAUGUGAAUCUGCCUGCUAUCUAAUCUUAUCUAAUCGCUUACUCCUAGCUACUGUUUUAUUCCGCACUUGCUGUAGGUCAAUUCCAUGACCUUUUGACGCAAGCAUGACAAUUCCACGGCAAAAAAAAAGGAUUUUAUAGUGCAAUAGUUCUUAUCAAAGGAUCUACACCGCCAGUUUUGUUUACUUAAAAUAAUCCGAUUGAUUCAAUUGUUAAAGAGCCAUGAAAAUGCCUUGAAAACGAGAGAAAUAGCUUACUCUCAACGUUGAGCUUUUGAAAAUGUAUGUACAAGAAUCGAGA